UUUCCAGGGCGCAAAAUGGCGGCGGCGGUGCGUGUGGAGGAGCUGCUGGCGGCGGCGGCGGCGGGGGAGGCGCUGCCGGGGGAGCCGCAGCCGCCGCCGCCGCAGCCCCGGGGCGUGUCGGUGGAGAAGGAGCUGGAGCUGGAGUUCGACCUGGGCAACCUGCUGGCGCUCGACCCCAACCCGCCGCCGGCGGCGGGGCUGCGCGGGGCCGGGCCGCGGCGGGAGGCGGUGCUGCGGGCGCUGGCCCGGGACAACGCGCAGCUGCUGGUGGCGCGGCUCUGGGCGCUGCCGGCCGAGCGGGCCGGCGGGGCGGCGGGGCCGCUGGUGGCCCGCCUGCCCGAGCCCUCCUGCCGCCUGCCCCGCGAGAAGCCGCUGCCGCGCCCGCGGCCGCCGACCCGUUGGGAGCAGUUCGCCCGCCUCAAGGGCAUCCGGCGGCGCAAGCGGAGCUCGCUGGUGUGGGACGAGCAGGCCAAGGAGUGGCGGAGGCGCUGGGGGUACCGGCGGGCGGGCGGAGACCCGGCCCGCUCCUGGCUGGUGGAGGUGCCGGCGGGCGCCGACCCGGAGGAGGACCAGUUCGCCAAGAAGCGGCAGGAGAAGCGGGAGCGGGUGGCCCGCAACGAGUUCAACCGCCUGCGCAACCUGGCCCGCGCUCACCGCGCCGCCACCGCCGUCCCCGCCCCGCCGCUGCACCCCACCGGCCACCAGAGCCGCGAGGAGCUGGGCCUGGCCGCCCGUGUCGCCCGCGUCUCCACCGCCUCGCUCGGCCGCUUCCAGCCCCGGCUGCCCAAGGAGCCGGCAGAGCUGCCCCCCCGAGGCCGCGGCGGCAAGAAGCGGCGCUUCCAGCCGGUGCUGGGCGACCUGGCGGCCGAGCGCGGGAGGCAGCUGGAACUGCUGCGGACCAUGAACAGCAAGAAGCCGGCUCUCGACAUCACCCGCGCUGUCAACAAGCAGCUCCGCGAGGAGGAUGCCGAGGCCGCCUCUGCCAAGGGCAAGAAGCGGGGGCAGCGUGGGAAGCGCGGCCGCCGGCAGCAGCAGCGGCCUGGCCGCGGUGGCAAGAAGAGCGGGGCCCGGCGGCAGCAGCGCCCUGGAGGCGGCAAGAGGAAGAAGGCUUGAGGCAGGGACUGGGGGACUGUGUCACAGGCUGGGGGUGCCUGCUGAGGGGCACGAAGGGACUGCUGGUGUCAGCCACCUGCCCUGUGUGCUGCUCCCACACCUCGCUGUCAAUAAACGUGCUCCGGUUUUUC